AAGAUCAUUCCCUCCAAAGACAGUUCGUACUCAGAAACAUUCCCCGAGAGCCAUUCAAGCACCCGUACGACUGGAUCAUCGGAAUCUCUGCCGGCACUGGAACUGAGUCUAUCUGAAUUCUCGCCCAAAUUCGAUGUCUAA